UGUUAGAAAAUUCCUGGUUUCGCGCCUGCUUCCCUUGCUUCUAUGGACGCUUCUUUACUAAUUCAUGUAAUGAUAAAUAAGGCAAUUAUUGACCUGCAAACCCCAAAAUGACGCUACUAUUGCUAUAUUCCGGUGCUACCUUAAAUAUUCGGUUCGGUUCUAUUCCAUUUAUUUUUGAAUUCUCACCAAUUUGUUUUUACAAUUUUUUCAUAUUUUUCUGUAUUAAGAAAGAUUCCUUAAACACAGGUUAGAAGGUUUAUUAUUUGAUCCAGCAAGCAAAGGUUUUAUAAUUGAACCAGCAAGUUUAAAAUCGUGAUGUCUGUUUUGUAUCCAAGGAUGCCGUCUAUGGAUUCUAAUCCAAGCUCACAAAUUGAGCUCUCAAUAGAAUGCAAUAAUUUAAGGAAUGCUGAUUGGUUAUCAAAGUCUGAUCCUAUGGUUAUAGUGUAUAUAAAAAAUCAUACAUCCAAAGAGUAUUUUCAGGUUGGAAAAACGGAAACUGUUCAGAAUUCUUUAAAUCCCAAAUUUCAUGAUAAAAUUUUGCUUGACUAUUAUUUUGAGAUGCAGCAGUUUCUCAAAUUUGAAGUAUAUGACAUUGAUAGUAAAAGUCAGAAAUUAAGUGAUCAUGAUUUUCUGGGAUCUCUGGAAUGCACUUUGGGAGAAAUCGUAUCAACCAUCAACGCAUACACCAAAAAAUUAAAUCACUCAAAUACCGAUAGCCAAAUCACGAUUUUCGCCGAAGAGAUCUCUGCCUGCAAAGAUGAAGUCACCAUGCAAUUUCAAGGCCAAAAUAUAGCUAAGAUGGGAUGGUUUUGUCCUUGCAGCCCUAUGCUAAUAAUUUCCCGAUCCAGAGAGGACCAAAAUUAUAUUUGCGUGCAUAAAACGGAACAUGUUAGACGUAAUACCAACCCUUUGUGGAAACCAUUUUCUAUAACCGUUCAAAAGUUGUGCAACGCCGACUUCUUGCGGACCCUCAAAUUUGAUUGUUAUAAUUGGAACUCUGACGAAAGCAGGAAAAAUUUUAUAGGAUCCUUCAUGACCAAUCUGGAAGAACUCAGUCAUUCUGUCCAAGAUAAUAAAAAUUUUGAGAUAAUAAAUUCGCAAAGGAAAAAAUCGUCGGCUGUCAACGCUGGAACAGUCAGUUUGAUUUUAUAUAGCAUGCGGAAGAUUCAUACUUUUUUAGAAUUCAUUAAAGCGGGGACACAAAUACAUUGCACAUUCGCUAUAGAUUUUACUUCCAGUAACGGUGACCCACAAAAUGUCAAUUCCCUCCAUCAUAUACAAACUGACAAAAAUUUGCUUAAUCAAUACGAACUAGCUAUAACAUCGGUUGGAGAUAUUAUUCAAGAUUAUGAUAGCGACAAAUUAUUUCCUGUCUUGGGAUUUGGAGCUAGAUUUCCUCUAACAGGCAUGGUUUCGCAUGAAUUUUUUGUGAAUAUGAAAACUGAUAACCCUUAUUGCGAAGGAAUACCUGGAGUGUUAGAUGCCUACCGAAAUUGCUUGCGUCAGAUACAAUUGUAUGGACCAACUAAUUUUGCACCUGUUAUCAAACACGUGACUAAAUUCGCUUCCUCUUACAGAGAUGGAUCAAAUUAUUUUAUUUUGCUCAUUAUAACCGACGGUAUUAUCAGUGAUAUGCCUAUGACGAAAGAAGCCUUAGUUAACGCAUCUAAUCUUCCCAUCUCUGUAAUAAUCGUGGGUGUGGGGGAUGCAGAUUUUACAGCAAUGGAGGAGCUAGAUGGCGAUAUAAUCCCAUUAUCUUCCUCCAAUCAAACUGCCUCGAGAGAUAUAGUCCAAUUCGUUCCUCUCAGAGACUUUCAAGCAUCUUCUCUUAAUUUAAGUGAUCGAAUUUCAUCUAUCGCAUCCCAAAAAUAUCGUUUAGCUAAAGAAAUUUUAGCUGAAAUACCGCUUCAAUUCAUUUCUUAUAUGAAUUCGAUUCACGCAACACCCGAAUUAGUCGCAAAUAUUAAACGUUAAAGAAUGAUGAAUAAUAUAAAUCAACAUCUAUGUGACCAGCUAAUUUUGGGAAUCAUGAAAUUAAUUUGAAUAUUUGAACUUAAAUCUUUAUCGUUAAUUUAUUUAUUUUUAAGUAUAUCAUAAUUAUAUACUCUUAUUAUGUGAUCUAUAAUAACCAAGCU